CGCAAACGGGCGCAGGUCGCCCGAGCGUGCGGCAAUUGCCGUGUCCGCCGGAUCCGAUGCGACAACCAAGUCCCAUGCUCCAACUGUGCCCUAAGCCGGACGGUCUGCAGCAACAGCAGUGCGCCCGUCGCGCUCACCCUGUCCCAGGCCAACCAGGAGAUCGCCUUGCUUAAACAGAAAGUCCAGCAGCUUGAAGCCGAGCUCGAAGGCUGCACUUGCAGCAAUCGAGACAACCUCGCACCCGACUUAACCUUGCGCGAGCCGCCAAUCGAGAUCCAAGUUGAGCGACCCGGGAGUGAAACCCACCAAAAUGCCACCCCGCAUCCUUCCUGGGGAGGGAUCCAUUUUCGACCGGCACGCUCAUCCAACAGUCUGUGGCUGGGCCCGUCCUCGCUGUAUUCGUACAUCCAGCGGAUCAGUGGCUUUCUGAGCCUGCAGUUGGACCAGGAGCAGCCCGCGCAUCAGCUGCUCCCGAUCUCCGCCAGCGACAACAAGCUUCUCGACCGACCCACCACCGACCCGACGAAGAGCCUGAACCCGCUGCCGAACACCACGGCCUCUGUCUAUCUGACUCCCCUGCAGGAAGACUUUUUCAUCAACUACUUCUGGCAGACCUACCACGUUUCCCUCUUCCCCAUCAUAAACGAAGCGCACUUCAAGCAGCACUACGCCAGUCUAUGGACGGCAGGCGGGAAGGAACGGGGACCGUCGGCGCUCGUGGACAUCGUGGUGGCGAUGUGCAUGCAGUACCACAUUUCGACCCUGCCGGCGGAUUCGCAGAGCGGGCUGUUGGACGGCCAGGACGCCCUCGUGGCCGGCCGAUGGCACUACUGGCGGGGCCAGACGCUGCUGGCCUACGAGCUCGAGAGCCCCUCGAUCGCCACGCUGCAAUGCCACCUGCUCUGCGCCGUCUACCUCUGCGGAGGCUCGUUCCACAACAUGAUGGACAGCACGGUGAGUCUCGCCGUGCGCACCGCGUACAUCCUCGGUCUGCACGUGGACCCGCCGGCGAGUCUGCCGGAACCCGACCGCGAGCUGCGGCGGCGGCUGUGGUGGGCGGUCCAUUUGAUGGACACCCGAGCGGGGAUGAAACUCGGGCGCCCGUUCAUGCUCCCCGACCGCGCCCGCCAGGCCAUGCCCCAGCUCCCCAGCGACUCCCUCGCGACCGCCGCCGCGUCCGGCUCAGCCUUCGUACCGAUCGGCGAGGACGCCACCUGGUUGAGCUUCAACCGGUACCAGACCACGCUGUACAUCGCCAUCCGCAACGCCUACAAUGCGCUGUUCACCGCCGAUCUCCAUCUGACCGAAGACCAGACCAUCUGGGAUGACGCGGACGCGCUGGAGACCGGCGCCCAGAUCUUAGCGCAGCAUGCCCCGCGCGUGACCGAGUGGGCGGAGAGCGUCCCGCGCGCCCUGCGGCUGCAACGCGAGGGUACGGGAUCGGACCGAGCCUUCGCGACCGGCGCCGCGCGCCUGCUGCUCGAGCCGUUCACCCCGCCGUGGCUGCAGCGGCAGCGCGUGCUGCUCGAGCUCACCUACCACCACCAAUGUGCCAACCUGUACCGACCCGCCAUCUCGUUCCAGUGUCGCCCGCCACCGGGCGGUCACGCCGAAGGGCUGGCCCAACGCUGCGCCGCGCACGCCAUCGCCGUCUCCCAGAUCCUCCGCCAGGUGAUGGAGGAGACCCCCCUUGUGAACGGGUGGCACGAGGCGUUCUACAUGCAGUGGAGCGCGGGCAUGACCCUGUUAGGGUUCUUGAUGAUCUACCACCACGGGCCAAUGGCGCCCGACGCGCGGACCGCGAUCGCGCAGGCGGUCGCCGUGUUCGAGCGCUUCCGCGCGGGAUUUCCCGUGGCCGGCCACGCAAGCAGGAUCCUGCAGGGCCUGCUGAGCCAGGCGGAUCUCGUCGCUCGAGCGAGU